AUGAAUACUGAAAAUGAUCAUUCUUCUUCUUCUUCUUCUCCUCCAACAACAAUUAUAAUUCAACCGCAAACAUUAAAAAUAAAUUUAAAAUCAAAUAAAUUUAUUUUUCGUCUUGGUUGGAUAUCAUUUAUACUUGGUUUUUGUGCUUUUUUUAUACAUUAUAUAUCAAUAGAUCGUUUAGGAAAUUUUUCGCCAAUUAAUGCAGGAAUUAUUUCAGGUUGUUUUCUUAUGAUUGCUGGUUUAGCAUCAAUUAUUGCUGGAUAUAAAGAAAAAUCAUAUCGAUAUUUUAUCCAUGCUCAAAUUUGGUCAUUUAUUAUUAAUCUUAUAUUAGCACCGGGUCUUAUUGCAGUUUCAAUUUCUGCAUUAAUUAUUGAUAGUCAAGAUAUAUAUCCAAUAUGUCAAUCAACUAUAUCAUUAUCACGAGGAAUAUUUUUUGUAAAUAGUUUAAAAGUUUAUUCAUCGAAUAUUCCAUGUAUAGAAAUAAAAAAUUUAUUUAAUUUAACUCAAAUACUUAAUACAACACAAUUAAUUAUUGGUAUUUUAUCUUUUUUUGUUCAUAUUAUUCUUUUAUCUAAACAACGUAAAAUUAUCAAACAAAUGAAAAUUGAAACAAAUGAUCAUAAUAAUAAAAUUAUUGUUUAUAAUGAACCAACUAUUACUAAUACAAAUCAUACAAUAUGUUAUGCUGAUAAUCCACCAAAAUAUGAAGAUCUUCCACCAACACAAGCCAUAUUUGAAUAA